AUGGCUUCUUCAAUUUCUUCAAAAGCGAGCAAAAUUCAAAAAAAUCACAGCCCUUCAUCUCAUGGAACCCUACACAAGUCGGUACCUAUUUCAGGGCUGCUCCUUUUUUUGUUUUGCAUCUUCUCCUUAAACCCUCCCAGCAAUUACCAACCUUUCAGUCGUCCCACUACUACUCCCAGCUCUUCGACCAACAUCAGCCACAUUGUUUUUGGAAUUGUCGGCGCCCUGAAUACAUGGAACUCCAGAAAACCAUACGUUGAAUCAUGGUGGCGACCAAACAUAACCCGAGGAUAUCUUUUCCUUGACGGACAGCCGACGCCGGAGUUCCAACCAUGGCCUUCAAAUCUUCCUCCUUUUCAUGUCAGCGAGGAUGUCAGGAACAUCCCAACAUUCCCCAAAACGGUGAGGCUGAUUCCGGCUCGAAUCGUGCGAACAAUAAUUGAAGCGUUUAGGGAGGGAGAUAAAAACGUGAGGUGGUAUGUGAUGGGAGAUGACGAUACAAUAUUUUUUGUUGAUAAUUUAAUUGGGGUUCUUGCAAAAUACAACCAUUCAAAGUACUACUAUAUUGGGUCGAAUUCUGAGUUUGUUAAAUCCAACUAUGAUUUCUCGUUUGAUAUGGCUUUUGGUGGAGCUGGAUAUGCUUUGAGCUACCCUCUGGUUGAAGCAUUGGCAGCCAAGUUAGACGCUUGUAUUUUGAGAUAUCCUCGCUCCCAUGGCAGUGAUCAUACACUCUUCUCAUGUUUGUCUGAUUUUGGAGUUCCUUUGACUCUUGAGAAAGGGUUUCAUCAGAUUGAUCUACGAAAUGACUCAUCAGGUUUUCUAUCAGCUCAGGCCCAGACUCCUUUCCUCUCUCUCCACCACAUUGACGCCAUUGACCCAAUCUUCCCCUCCAUGAACCGUUCGGAAGCCGUAAACCACCUCAUGAAGGCGGCGAAAGCGGACCAAUCCCGUCUUCUUCAACAAACCAUAUGCUACCACAGGCCAACCAACUGGUCUUUCUCUGUCUCAUGGGGCUACUCUGCUUAUAUCUACGAAAACAUAAUCCCUCGGAGCAUUUUAUGCAGACCCCUUGAGACAUUUACAAAAUGGAGGAGAAGGGCAAAGCCACCCCUCUACAUGUUCGACACCCGACGGCUCUCCAGCGAUCCCUGUCAAGCUCCUCAUGUGUUUUUCUUUGAUUCUAUAGAGCUUACACAAGGUGAUCAUGAUGAACAAGUUGUAACUACAUAUAUUAGAAAAUUGCCUCGGGGUUUACCAAAUUGUUCAUCCACUGGUAAUCAUUCAGCGGAUGCAAUCACCAAAAUUCAGGUGCUUUCACCAGCAACAACACGCUUGGAGGCCGAAGGAAUAGAGUGCUGUGACAUUGAAUAUGAUGGUAGAACCAGUGCUACACAAGUCAAAUACAGGCCUUGCUUGAAGGAUGAAGUGAUUGCCUAGUUACUCUA